CUUGUGCGUAUUCAAGUAAUCGCCAGUUUUAACAUCUGAUCAAUAAACAUAAGAUGAUGCAAAUGAGACCACAUACAUUAUUUUAAUGGUACCACUCUCUUUUAGAGCAUCAGGACAUUCUUUAUUUACGCGGACACAAAAUUGACUAUUUUGUUUUCCGUAAUAUCAUGGUAGUCGGAACUCAUAAAAUGCGGAGAUACUAUGGAAAUUCCAACACCACCCUCCUCUUCAUCGCAGCUUCCGACGAGUACGACCAAUUCUCGUUAGAUAAGGACAACAGCCUGGUUGAGUCUUUGAGAAUCUUUAAGGUCAUCAUCAACAACAGGCUCCACCUCAACAGUACCAUCACCCUAUUCCUCAACAAAACAGACCUGCUGGCAGAGAAAGUAAAGACGGUAUGGAAGAAUUUUCCAGAAUUCAGAGGUGACCCGCACAGCCUGGAAGAAGUGCAGGAGUUUUUGCUUCAGUGCUUUAGGCAGCACAUGGAAAACGACAGCCGGACGUUUUACCAUCACUUCACUACUGCUGUGGACACAGAGAACAAUCGGAUUGCAUUCAACAGCGUUAAAGACAUAAUAAUGCAGAAGAACCUCAAAAAAGUCAAAUCAAUGUAAGAAUCAGCGUGUAGACUUGUAUGCAAACAAACUAUUAUUUACCUCGAAUGUGCUGAAAGUAAUCUGCCAAAUGUAUUAAUGUGCUUUGGGUGAAUAAAAAAUGACC